AAACAAAUAAUGAAUCUUUUCUGGGGUGUGAAAACUCAAACCAGUGCCAUCCGAUGGUUUACUCUGACAGUACGCUGCAUGGAUACUAGCGUCAAUUCUUGGCCUGUCUAACUAUCCUCUGAUUGGCUGAAACCAUGCAACAAGAGAGCCCACGCUAUGUGAUCAACAGGCCAGCCUACUCCCUCCCAGACUUUGAUGGGGAGUUUGACAAGAAGAAACGGGCCUUCCCCAUAGGAGAGAAAGUGAAGAAAUGCUUCAGGUGCUCUGGGUCUCGACUCAAGUCCCUGCUGUUCAGACACCUGCCUAUCCUGAGCUGGCUGCCCAAGUACAAGGUGAAGGAGAACCUGCUGUGUGAUGUCAUUAGCGGGGUCAGCGCAGGCACCAUUCAGGUUCCUCAGGGCAUGGCGUUUGCUCUGCUGGCUAACCUGCCUCCUGUCAAUGGCCUCUACUCCUCCUUCUUUCCUCUCAUCCCCUACUUCUUCAUGGGCACUGCUCACCAAAUGGUCCCAGGUACUUUUGCUGUGCUCAGUAUCAUGGUGGGAAUGGUGUGUCUGAGUCUGGCCCCUGAGUCUGACUUCAGCCACUUCAAUGCCACCCUCAAUGCUACACUAGUGGAUGAGGACAGGAUGAACGAGGUUCGACUGGGCAUCUCUGGAACACUGGCCUGUCUCACUGCCGUCAUCCAGAUGGGCCUGGGCCUAAUGCAGUUUGGCUUUGUGGCCAUCUACUUGUCUGAGUCGUUCAUCAGGGGCUUCAUGACGGCUGCAGGACUGCAGAUCCUCAUCUCUGUACUGAAGUACAUCUUUGGUAUUAAAGUACCUCCCUACAGUGGACCACUUGCCACCAUAUAUACUCUAAAAGAUAUUUUUUAUGGCCUGCCUGACACCAACAUAGCCUCGCUGGUCUUUGCUCUGGUCAGUAGUGUGGUACUCAUCACAGUGAAGGAGCUGAGUGCACACUUUCGUCACAAACUGCCUUUCCCCAUCCCCAUGGAGAUCAUUGUUGUGGUAGUGGCCACAGCCAUAUCAGGUCCCCUGGACCUGCCUGAGAAGUAUCACAUGGACAUAGUGGGAGAAAUUCCCCUAGGAUUUCCUGCUCCGAUCCUCCCAACAGUGAUUCAGUGGGAUGACAUGCUGAGCACAGCCUUCUCCCUGGCUAUCGUGGGCUAUGUGAUCAACCUGGCUAUGGGCAGGACACUGGCAGCAAAGCAUGGCUACGAUGUGGAUCCCAACCAGGAGAUGUUGGCUCUGGGCUGCAGUAACUUCUUGGGGUCUUUCUUCAAGAUCCAUGUGAUCUGCUGUGCUCUGUCUGUCACCUUGGCGGUAGACAAUGCUGGGGGAACAUCACAGUUUGCCAGUCUGUGUGUGAUGCUGGUGGUCAUGGUCACCAUGCUGGCCUUGGGGGCUUUCCUCAAACCACUACCAAAGUCUGUGCUGGGAGCCCUGAUAGCGAUCAACCUGAAGAACACUCUGCUGCAACUCUCUGACCCAUAUUACCUCUGGAAGAAGAGCAAACUGGACUGUUGUGUGUGGGUGGUGUCCUUUUUAGCCACCUUCUUCCUGAGUUUGCCUUAUGGAGUUGCCAUUGGAGUCAGCUUCUCCGUCCUCGUGGUUAUUUUCCAGACCCAGUUUCGAAAUGGUUCAGAGAUGGCUCAGAUCAUGGACACAGAUCUCUACAAAAAUCCAAAGAUUUACAGCAAGGUGAAAUGUGUAGAGGGGGUGAAAAUAGUGAACUACUGCUCCCCUCUCUAUUUUGCCAAUGCAGAGAUAUUCAGACAAAAAGUCAUCAAAAAGACUGGAUUGGACCCAAGUAAACUUCUCUUAGCCAGGAAGAAGUUUCUGAAGAAGCAGCAGAAGGAGUUAGAAGGGCAAAACAAGAAGACCAAGAAGAAGAAGCCCUGCUCUUUGGUAACCAUGAAGUCUCAGACCAUAUCACAGAUAGAGCUUCAGAAUGACUUUGACAUUGGUGACAGCAAUCCUUACCCGCCACCAUCACCAACCAACUAUGUCAACUUCCACUGUAGUGACAUUGAGCUGGGCGAGCAGCCUCCUGACCCAGACCAACCAAGUUCCUCCCCUGUUACCCUGGACUCUCAACCCAGGCCCUUCCACACCCUCAUCCUGGACCUGGCAGGGGUCUGCUUCAUAGACCUCAUGGGAAUCAAAGUACUCAUCAAGAUGAACUCAUGCUAUGAGAUGCUGGGGAUCAAGCUUUACUUGGCCAAUGUUCAAGCACAGGUGUACGAGGAGCUGGAGGGGGGAGGGGUGUUUGAGGAGGGCAAUAUCGCCCAAGGUCACCUCUUCCUCUCCGUCCAUGACGCCAUCCUCUGUGCCCAACAGAGGUCAAGAAACACCGAAACCUCUGAAAAGACAGAGAAAGAGAGGAAGGAGCUGGUCCUCUAUAUUCAGGAGGAUGAGGAGAGGGAUCUGGAGCAGGAACUGUUUUGAACAUGGGAUUUUUUACUACUGAAUGUAUGGAGAGUGUAUGAAAUGAAUGAAGAUUGAGGAAAAUGUUCAUUUAGGUUGAUAAUAAACAAAACAAAAAAGUGUUGUCUGAACGGUCCAUUUCUGCAUCUCAACGAUUGUGUGUUGUGCAAAUAGUUCUUAGAUGAUCUAAAAAAUCAUGAUAAUAAACACGUGACAGUCUAUACUGUAAAAAAAAUAUCUGUAGUGACUGAACAGCUGGUCUCACUAUUCAGGUUUCCAUCCAACCUUUUUCAUGUGAGUAAAAGCGCACGUUAGAUAAAAACAUGUCAUGAUAUGCCCAAUGGAAACUUUCCAAAUGUCGACAAAAAACAAAAUACUCUAGACAAGGUGGGAUAUUAAUUAUGCAAGAAAUGCUGGUGGAAACGCUUUUAUGUGCAAAUGUUUAUCUAAUAACCAUCACAUGGAAGUAAACUUGGAGUCACGCAAUGACAUGUGUGGUCCUCCCACUGUGACUUGUCUGGAAAGCAGGCAGUGUAUUAGGCUACAGAUGAAAUAAGUUAUGAACUUCACAAGGUGGGGAAAGUGAAAGGUGAUGAGCUUGA